CACUCAAUAAUAACAAUGGAGUGCGCGGGACUUUUUUCAUUUCAUUUCUAAUUCGGACAGUGACAACUACGGACGCCAUUCUAAAACAGUUUUCGCGCGCAAAAAAUACAACCACUUUUACUGGUGCCGAGCUUGGUGUCUUUUAAUUUUAUUAUUUUGUUAUAUAAGUGUUGAAAUUUUCGUAUUGUUUGUGACAAAAAAUAUUGUGAAAUAUGACAGUGAUGGUUUAUUUUAAAGUUAUUUUAUAUUUUCUAUUAUGGGCUUUUGUUUGUGAAUUAUGCGAAGCGUAUAGUCAAAGAGAAUGUGGUGUUCCUCUCCGUCGCCACACCAGGCAGCCCCGAGAGAGGUCCGCCAGCCAGCUCAGGAUUAUCAAGGGAAGGGAGUCCAAGAGAGGAGCCUGGCCUUGGCAGGUUUCUCUCCAGCUGUUACAUCCUAACUACGGUCUGAUCGGCCACUGGUGCGGCGGAGUGCUGGUUCAUCCGCAGUGGCUGCUCACCACCGCGCAUUGCGUUCACAACGAGCUGUUCAACCUGCCGCUACCAGCUCUAUGGACGGCGGUGCUCGGGGAGUGGGACCGUAACGAACAACGCGGCUCCUUCCUGCCCAUCGAGAGGAUCAUCCUGCAUCACCGCUUCCACAACUACCAGCAUGAUAUAGCACUGAUGAAGAUGACAAAGUCAGCGGACGUGAGCACGAGGAGUCGCAUCCGCGCCAUCUGUCUGCCGCCAUACGAGCCUGUGGACGACAACGUAGAGAGGAGCACCUCCUACUCCAGCACACAGGAAGUGAGGCGGAAGACGAGGCCGCCGCGACCCAAGCCCGACACCGCCAACAAAUACUUGGAGAAAAUCAACAACCUCACGAAGACCGUCCACUCCGCCAAGGACAAGAAGAAGAACACCAGGUAUAACGUGCGGGUCUCCAACGACGACGGGCUCAGAGAUAGGAAGAUAGAGGACAGAGAGGCGGUCUACGACGGAGCCUCCCUGGACAGCGUCGUGAACCUCAUACGGAAAGGGAAAGAUGUCUCCAGGAGCGACAAGAUGAUAGCGAGCUACCACGAGAUAGACCCCUUCAUAGACAACUCCAUAGACGCCAAAGAGGAGUGUUACGCCACUGGCUGGGGACGGCAGCAGACCAACGGCAGUCUCACGGACGUGCUGCUGGAGGCCGAGGUGCCGAUACUGCCGCUCAAGACGUGCAGGGAGCGGUACUCGCUCAGUCUGCCGCUCAACGACGGACACCUGUGCGCCGGCAGCACGGACGGCAGCAGCGGAGCCUGCGUGGGUGACAGCGGCGGUCCCCUCCAGUGUGUGGUGGGCGGCAGGUGGGUGCUCCGCGGCCUGACGUCGUUCGGGUCGGGCUGCGCCCUGACCGGAGUCCCCGACGUCUACACCAACGUUAGACAUUACGUUGCCUGGAUCUACGCUCACGUUUACGCUGGGUAGACGUUCGUACACCUGGAAUACCUACGGCUACGAGGGGAUUGGGUCUAAAAAUGUUGGAUGUCCUUUAUCAGCUGGACGUACCAUUAAGAACCGGCUGGAUCCAUGUAACAUCCAGGUCUUGGUCAAUAAGAAUGAUUCGCCACCUGGAUGUGUGAGAAUUGAUUUAAAAAUCAGUAUUGGGAUUCUAUAUACAAAAAUAUAAAAAAAAUACCCUUCAAUAUGAAUGAGAGACAAAAUAUUUCAAUUUAAAACCUCUUUUUCUAACACCUAUUGUAUCAAGGGACAUUUAUUAUCAAACAGUGUCCAUUGUCUCUAUAUAAGUAGUUCGUGUGUGUGUUUGAUCUCCUCAACGACUGGACCGACUUGAAUGACUUUUUUUUGGAUACGUCUGUGUGGCGCCCUGGAUGGUUUUGUCACGAAUCAUACAGGGGGCGCUGCAUCGCAACUAGGUUACUUAAAAUGAAGAGCCUUCAACCUGGGAUACCAUAUACAUAUAUAUAUAACAGACUCAUACUUUUCCCUCUGAGCCCACCCCGAUGUUCACUGAUGAUGUGAUGACUAUAUAUAUAAAAUGUAAUAAAUUUCGUCAACAUUCUUUCAUUAAGUUAUUUAAUUAUUUAUUGUACAAAUAAUAAUUUCUGUACAUAGUUGUUAUAGUUUUGUAAAUAAUUUAUAUGA